CUUCACAGACUACCAGUACUACCAGUACUACCAGUGGAGGAUCGAUCCCAGACAUGAGGCUCUGUCCCUGGGCGGGAGCGCUGCAUCUCCUGACUGUGCUGCUUCUUGUAAGGCUCCUAAGUGUUAAAGCAGUCCAGGAUCAACCCAAGGAGAGACACUACUACAUUGCUGCUGUGGAAAUAAACUGGAACUACUCUGGCAAUGAAACGGACAGAUUUAGUUCAACCUACAAGAAAGUGGUCUUUCGGGAGUAUGACAAAGACUUCAAACAGGCUAAGACUCAUCCAUCCUGGUUAGGUCUGCUUGGACCCACCUUGAGGGCUGAGGUGGGGGAGACGAUUGUCGUCACUUUCCGAAACAUGGCGAGGGGAACGUACAGCAUCCACCCACACGGGGUGGCCUACGGGAAACAAUCUGAGGGAGCUUACUACUUUGACAACACUUCCCAGAAAGAAAAAGAAGAUGAUCUAGUCUUCCCUGAGCAGGAACAUGUUUACUACUGGGAGGUGACACCAGAGGUUGCUCCCCAGGCAGAGGACCCCAACUGCCUCACCUAUACCUACAUCUCCCAUCAAAAUGUGGUAGAAGACUACAACUCAGGCCUCAUUGGUACUCUGCUCAUAUGCAAAGCUGGAAGUUUGGAUGAGUCGGGGAAGCAGAUUGGUGUCAGUGAGCAAGUGUUUCUCUUUGGGGUUUUUGAUGAGAAAGAGAGCAUGUACGCUCCAAAUAGUGAUGCUGCAGACAACCAUGUAAAAUAUACCAUCAACGGAUACACGAAGGGAUCGCUACCUGAUGUCAGCGUGUGUGCGUACGCCCCCGUGAGCCUACAUCUGUUGGGAAUGAGCUCAGAGCCUGAGGUAUUCUCAAUCCACAUGAAUGGGCAGGUGCUGACUCAGACGGGUCACAGGGUAUCGUCCGUGGGGUUGAUCAGUGGAACUUCUGCCACGGCCAGCCUGGUGGCACUCUACACAGGCCGAUGGCUGCUCUCCUCACACACCUUCAAGCACAUGGAAAGUGGUAUGCAUGGGUUUGUGGAUGUGAAGGAGUGCCAGGAAUUUCAGAAACCCCUGCGGACGAUGACAAUCGAAGAAAGAAGAAAAAGCUCUAAGUGGACAUACUACAUAGCUGCAGAGGAAGUUAUCUGGAACUAUUCACCAAACACACCAGAACACGUGGAUGAAGAUUUCCAUCACCAAUAUCUGAGACAGUCAUCAACACGUAUUGGACAAAGGUACAAAAAGGCGGUGUUCACACGGUAUAAAGAUGAGUCAUUCACCGAAAAGUUAGAGGACAAACAGAGAAAAAAUGAGCUGGGUAUACUGGGCCCAGUGAUCAGAGCUCAAGUCAGAGAUAUUAUCAAGAUAGUUUUUAAGAACAUGGCCUCCAGGCCCUACAGUAUCUACCCUCAUGGACUGAUGAUAGAAAAGUCACAGGAGGGAGUCAACUACCCAGAAGGAGGAAACCAGUCUCACAGCGUCCAGCCAGGCGAGACAUACACUUAUGAGUGGAAGGUGCUAACAGAGGAUGAGCCGUUACAUCACGAUUCCCAAUGCCUUACACGAAUGUACCACAGUGCAGUGGACAUACCACGGGAUAUAGCUUCAGGAUUGAUAGGGCCGAUCCUCAUCUGCAAGAAGGAGUCCCUCAAUACCAGAAAUGUGCAGCUGAGAGCAGACAAGGAGCAGCACGCCAUGUUUGCUGUGUUCGAUGAGAACAGGAGCUGGUACCUGGAGGAUAAUAUUCGCCAAUAUUGUGAUCGAUCCAAAGUCAGGAGAGACGACCCAGAGUUUUACAAGUCCAAUGUCAUGCACACAAUCAACGGUUACUCAUUUGAGAGCGGACCACUCUUGGGCUUCUGUAAUGGGGAAGUUCCAACUUGGCAUGUGUCCAGUGUUGGAGCACAGAACUACAUUCAGACCGUUACUUUCUAUGGCCAUCCAUUUGAGCUGAAUGAGAGAACAGAAGACUUCCUGGCCCUUUACCCCAUGAGUGGAGAAACUAUCACUAUGUACAUGGACAACAUUGGCAUUUGGCUUCUGGCUUCCCUAAAUACCCAUGAGACAACUAAAGGAAUGCGUGUUAAGUUUCGAGAUGUUGAAUGUUAUCGUGACUACCAGUAUGAGUAUGACACUGAGGUAGCAACCAAAGAAUUCACUGUGUGGAAACCUCCAACCUUAGAGGAGAUCAAAAAGGAAGAAGAGGCUGCCAAAAAAGUCCCAGAAACACCAAGGGAGAGUGAUGUUUACACAGAUAUGUUUGCAGAAGAGUUGGGUCUAAGGUCCCUAAAAAACCAAUCCGGUGCUUCAUAUGUAGAGAAGCUGGACUUGUCUUUUCUUGAUUACGAUGCUAUCGAUGUACCUGACGGUGAUACGAAUAUCCACCUUGAUUUCAUGGAAGCAAACAACAAAUCCAACUUAUAUUUGAAGCCGGAUGCAUUAAAUGAAACACAGAUUAUAAAGUGGAAAGAAGAGAAGACAUCAAAUCUUACAGAGGUUCAUGACCCCAGCAUCAGCAAUAAUGAAACAGAUGUAAACAAAAAUGGUACAUCAGAUGUUGUUUCUGAUGUGUAUCAAACAAUAAACUCAACACUAUUAAGUGGACAUAUUGUACUAGGGAAUGAAAGUUUAUUUUCAAAUCACAGUUCAGAUAAUGCAUCUAUUUCUGACACUGUGAACAAAACAGUAAUCAAUUCCACUGCAUCACUGCCUGGAAAUGUAUCUCCGCACACCAUAAAUUCUACGUCAGCAUCGCAGGAAAAUGACCUAAUCAUUGCACUGAAAGCCACCAAUCUAACUGCAGUGUUACAAGACUCUACAAACCAAACCCUGCAACUACUGGACACUACUAAGGAAGUGGAAAUUCAAGGAAGUGGAAAUUCAAGCUCCAUCUCAGACAACUUAACUCUACCUGGUGACAACCAAACGUCUGUGGACAUUGUCAUGGCUGAGGACUCAGAGGAGCGACUCUCAAGAGGAGAUGUGUUUUUUUAUGAUGUGCCUCAAUCCAAACCCAGUGCCGACACUUUAAACGACACUGUCACUGGAAACGUCUCUGAUGACAGCAUGUUACUAAAUAGAAGUGUGGACGAUGAUGGUAACACAACAAGACAUGUUAACAUGUCAAGAUUUGGAACAAAUCAUACACUAUCAACACCAGGGCUACAGGCUGAGGUGGUAAACACCAGCAGAACAGACAGACAUGUCACCAGCUUUAGAUUAGUGGAUAACAUCACAGACAUCAAUGGAAAUAACUCUUCUAAUGAGCAUGGACUUCAAAAGAAUUCUCCUGAAGUUGUGACUGUUUCAGCAAAUUCCAGCAUUGAAAAUGCAACACACGCAGACAAGCUGAAUUAUUUGUCUUCUAUGGAAAGUAAUUCCAGUGAGGUUGUAGUUUCUUCUAACCAUUCUCACCCUUAUGGCAAAGUAAAACUGGUCAGCUAUGAGGAGCUAGAUUCUUCAGACAGCAGUGAGGAAGUCUUCAUCUACCUUAAAGAAAACAAUACAGAGGUUAUUAAAACCUCAUCCCUCAAACCACAAGGUAACUGGACUUAUGAUGGAACUCACAACAUGGUACCUGUAGAGAGUCCUGACCACAUGAAGAAAUACCUUGAAAACGGUCCUCCUCAAACAACAACACCACCUCCGAAAAAGUCCAUAAAAAUUACUCGCCGCCAAAAACCCAAGAAAGGCCAAGGCAUGAAAACAAGGAAGAGGAAGGAAUACAAGGCACAGGUAAAGUCUGGUUUGCCUUUUUCCCCUCGUGGAUUCAAUCCAGGGAUGACCCCUCGUGGUUCACGGCCACUUGACCCACAGCCUGUUUCUAACGAAGAAGCGUGGGAUGUGGUCAUUGGCGUACCCCGGCCUGAUUUCAGUGACUACCAGCUGUAUGUUCCUGGAAAUGAACCAGAUCAUCUUGAAGCAAAUGAGGAAGAUUUGACUGGUAAUGAAUAUGAGUAUGUCAUGUACAAAGACCCAUACAGCAGUCAUGAAGACAUCAAGAACCUAAAUUUAGAUGAGACCACCAAAUACUAUUUGAAGAUGUCAGGCCCUAAUGUGAGGACUUAUUUCAUUGCUGCAGAGGAGGUUGAGUGGGACUAUGCUGGCUAUGGGCAGAGGAGGCAAGAAAAGUCACAACUCAACAGUCGAGAAACUAAAUUCACCAAGGUGGUGUUCCGAGGUUACAUGGAUGCAAGUUUCAACACUCCUGACGUACGUGGAGAGAUGGAUGAGCAUCUAGGUAUCCUGGGGCCUGUCAUCAAGGCAGAAAUUGGACAAAGCAUCAUGGUGGUGUUCAGGAAUAAUGCCAACCGUCCAUUCUCUAUACACCCUAAUGGGGUAACCUAUACAAAGCAGUUUGAGGGUUUAUCCUAUGAGGAUGGCUCUGAGUACUGGUUUCAAUAUGACAACAUGGUUCAACCCAACACCACCUACACAUAUUUGUGGAAAGUCAAUUCUAUGGUUGGCCCUGCACCAGGAGAGGCUCAGUGUCGGACCUGGGCCUACUACUCAGGUGUCAAUCCUGAGAGGGAUAUCCACUCCGGCUUGAUUGGGCCUUUGCUGGUGUGUCGAGAAGGGACAUUGGAUAAAAAGUUACCUGACAUGAGGGAGUUUGUGCUGCUUUUCAUGACCUUCGACGAAUCUAAGAGCUGGUACUACAACAAACAUUUUGAACUGCUGCAAAGGAAGAGCCGCAAGAAAACUCUGGAUACCAACCACAUGGAGAAUUUCAAGUUCCACUCUAUCAAUGGAAUUAUACACAGCUUGAAGGGCCUGAGGAUGUACACCAACCAGUUAGUGCGCUGGCACCUGAUAAACAUGGGUUCACCUACAGACUAUCAAAGCAUUAACUUCCAUGGACAGACAUUUAUUCACAAAACGGCCUACAGCCACAGACAGGCUGUGUAUCCCCUGCUGCCAGGAAGCUUUGCAACUCUGGAGAUGUAUCCAUCCAAACCUGGCUUGUGGCUACUGGAAACAGAAGUUGGUUUUAACCAACAGAAAGGCAUGCAGACCCUCUUUCUGGUUCUAGAUAAUGAUUGCUUCCGUCCACUGGGUCUUCAGUCCAACAGUGUGAGAGACAACCAAAUAACAGCAAUCAACACCAGAGGAUACUGGGAGCCCCAUCUUGCCAGACUUAACAAUCAGGGUUCAUACAAUGCAUGGAGCACAGAGAAGAACCACAGCUGGCUUCAGGUAGACUUUCAGCGGCCGGUGGUGAUAAGCCAGGUGGCCACUCAGGGAGCCAAGCAGAUGUUCCAUUCCCAGUUUGUGGAGAAGUACUCAAUCUCAUACAGCAAUGACCGCCGAAAGUGGAUCUUCUACAAGGGCGACAGCAGGGACUUCUGGAAGGUAUUCCAAGGAAACCGGGAGGCCUAUGUGACAACCACAAAUACUUUCUUUCCUCCUGUGAUAGCGCGGUACAUAAGGUUCCAUCCUAUCACUUGGUAUAGGGCAGCAACGGUCCGAAUGGAGUUAUAUGGCUGUGAACUUGACGGCUGCUCAUUGCCUCUGGGGAUGGAAAGUGGCUUCAUCAAGGACCACCAGAUCACAGCCAGCUCCACACUCUCAAGCUGGUACGGUGGACCCUGGAAACCCUCCCUUGGUCGCCUCAACAAACAAGGCACAAUCAAUGCAUGGAGGACCAAGAACAAUGACAUGAACCAGUGGCUUCAACUGGAGCUCCAAAAGGUUCAGAAGAUCACAGGCAUCAUAACGCAGGGGGCCAGGUCUUUUGGGAAGGACCUGUAUGUUAUGACUUACACUCUGCAGUACAGCAGCGAUGGAAGACAAUGGACACGCUACACAGACGAGGAGGACCAGCCAGUCAAGAUCUUCAAUGGAAACUCAGACAACAACGACCAUGUGAAGAACUACAUCUAUCCUCCCAUCUUCUCGCGCUUCAUCCGCAUCAUCCCUCAAACCUGGAUGGGUUCAAUCACCAUGAGAGUCGAGUUACUGGGCUGUGACUUUGAGUGAUGGAUAUCUAUGCUUUAUAGGCUGACAAAUGAAGGGUCAGCCAUGCUGUCAAACUCACAUUAAAAACUAUUUACAGUCUAGCUCCAGGAACAAGCACAUCCACUUUGCAUAUACAGCCAAACUACAAACUACAAACUGACCCUGUCAGAGCUCAAAUGCUACCAUGAAGACGUGAAAGGCUACAUAAAUUAGGAUUUUUAAAACUGGUGCAUCGUAUAUAUCCAUUCAGUCAGAAUUUCAUAGUCCGAAUAAGUGAAAAAAGGAAAAGCAAUCAUUUUUUUAUUACAAAAAGUGGAAGGUGAGGUUAUUUUUCUUCUCAAAUAUUGCUCAACUUAAAUAAGUCUUAAGAGUGCAUGAGGAAUCUAUAAAACUACUUUAUUAUUAUUAUUAUUAUCAAAUAAGUGUGAUAACAGUUGAAAAUUAUUAGAUGUACAUAUGUAAGUAUGAAUUGUGUAAUUUAUUUUUUAAUAAAAACGCUUUAUAUUGUUUUUAUCCAGCAUCAAGCUGAGUAAUGUACAAUGAUGGACAUACUGAAGAGAGGUGUGGUAACUCAAGUUUGCUUCUGAACUUUGAUAUUCUCAGUUUCUCAAAGGUGUUACUUUUAGCACCUCCGGCGAGGCCAAGUACCACCUAGAGGCCAAGAGUCAACAGACCCGUGCAGCUGCUAACACAUGUUAUGUUUACCCAUUUGCUGAUCAUGUUCAUCUGGGCAGUGAAGGUGCUAAAGUCUCAGCAUGGCUUCACUGCCUGCAACAGAGAAGCAAAUCGGCUGGCUGAAGGGUU